AGCGUACAACGCACGAGGGUACGUACUAUCACGACGUAGGUACAUCAACUCUGCCUUUUCUCCUCUCUUCCCUGCCUCACCCCCUUUUCGCCGACACUCACACCAGACCAGACCAGACCAGACCAGACCAGACCAGACUCAGAGCAACGGGAAUCCCCUGCACACUUUUCAAGUCACCCACCAUGGCAUCGACAAAAUCCCGCGUCGUGGACGUGCACACGCACAUGUACCCCCCUUCUUACAUCGACAUCCUCCGAUCCCGCUCCGAGAUCCCCGUCGUCCGGUCUUUCCCCCAGGCCCCCGACCACCCACGCCUCGUCCUCCUCGCCGCCGAGCAACCCGCCCUCGACGCCGCCCUAGCCGACCCGACCGCCGCCGUCCAACCCCCGGGCCGACCCCUGACCCCCCAUUACGCCGACCUGGCCCAGAAGCUGCACUUCAUGGACACGCACGCCAUCGACAUCUCCGUCCUCAGCCUCGCCAACCCCUGGCUCGACUUCGUCGCCCCCGACGACGCCCCGGGUCUCGCAAGGCAAGUCAACGCCGAGUUCGACGCCAUGUGCGCCUCCCGCCCGGGCCGCCUCUUCUUCUUCGCCGCCCUCCCCCUCACGGCCCCCGCCCCGGCCAUCCUCGAGUCGGUCGCUCACGUGCGCGGCCUGCCCCACUGCCGCGGCGUCAUCCUCGGCACCUCCGGCCUGGGCGAGGGGCUCGACGACCCGGCCCUGCUCCCCAUCCUCCGCCGCCUCGCCGACGCCGACCUCCCCGUCUUCCUGCACCCGCACUACGGCCUGCCCAACGAGGUCUGGGGCCCCCGCGCCGCCGCCGAGUACGGCCACGUCCUCCCCCUCGCCCUGGGGUUCCCCGUCGAGACCACCGUCGCCGUGGCGCGGAUGUACCUCGCCGGUGUCUUCGACGCCGUGCCCGCGCUGCGCAUGCUGUUGGCCCACAGCGGGGGCACGCUCCCUUUCCUGGCGGGUCGGAUCGAGAGCUGCAUCGUCCACGACGGGCAGCUGCUCCGCGAGGGCCGGGCGGGGAAGGGGAAGGGGCGCAGGACCAUCUGGGACGUUCUGAGGGAGCAGGUCUACUUGGAUGCCGUCGUCUACUCCGAGGUCGGGCUCAAGGCGGCCAUUGGGGCGGCGGGUGGUGCUGGGCGGCUCAUGUUCGGGACCGACCACCCGUUUUUCCCUCCGCUGGAGUCGGACGAGCAGGGAGAGUGGGAGAGCGUCGGGCUCAAUGCGCGGGCUGUGAUGGAUGCUGUCGGGGAGGACUCGGAGGAGGCGAGGGGGAUCAUGGGGGAGAAUGCUGUCAGGAUACUGCGUCUGGAGAUGGACCAGCCGGCUACAUUAUGAGUUGGUGCGCCAGCUCUUCCUGGUCGAGUCCUCAGUAAGGUAAGGUACCUUGGUAUAUACAACGUAGAAUGUAUCGAAGGUCGAACAGGGA